CUGGUUGAGAUUGUCACCACUACACCCGUUCCUUGCUCCAUGGACACCGUAAGCGAGUUGGUGUGGAAGGAACUGCACAACAAUCGUCAGUAUCCGGACAAAUGGUACCAAACUAAAAAGUAUGUCAUUUCAGUGAGGAACUACGCUCAAGAGUUCAAGCUGAGCGGGAUGCAGUUCAUGUGCAGAUUCGACGAGCCCUCUCGGAUCGUAUUCGUUGGGGCUGACACGAUGCUCAUUGGGACGAAGGGUCUGCAGUUCUCCAAUCAUACGUGGAUUGUGGUGACGCCUUCGCCGACCGACCCGGUUCGCUCGUCUGUCGUUCACAUGUGCGUGCGGCUAUCGGUGGACCGAGUGGAGGGAGGUUCUACCUAUACAGAAGACAGGAGCUACGCGCACGACCUGGUUCUCACCGACUUGUGCGCUCGAUUCCGUCAGCACUCGCUGUACGUUCAGAACUGGAUAGUCGACGAAACCGAGCGCUUGGCAGCAGGCAUGCCCACAACAUUG